GUGUGUGUGUGUGGUGUGUGUGAGUGUGUGUGUGUGUGUAGUUCCUGCACUGGGGAGGCAGAGACAGAGGAUACCUAGGGCUAGCUGGCCUGUGAGUGCAGCUGGAUUUGUGGUCCCAAUGCUCAGUGAAAUACUGUUGUCAGGUAAAUUACAUUCAGUUUAAGAUAAUAAUAAGUUUUUUUCAGAUAAAUGGCUUCUGUUUUCUGACAAACGCAUGGAAGCCUACAAAUUUAUUAAGUAUAUGUAGGAUUUAAACUAUGUAUGAUACCAAUAUUUCAUACUGUGUAAAGGUGCCCAGCUUAUUAACAAAGCUUUCCUGCAUGUACUUGUAUCUGUUUCUUAAUACUUAGCAAAGACCAGUUAUCUCCGUUUUGUAGUGCAGAAAUCCUGUUUAUGCUGCUAAGGUGUCUGUCUCAUUACUAACAAACAUUUCUGUAUUAAUGAACUUGCAGGAGGUAGAAAUGUUUUAAAAUGGACUUUUGCUGUGGAAUUUUAAGUUUCUUCUCUCUGCCUGAGGAAUGUUGCUAGUACUGAAUUAUUAAAAAUGGUGGAUUGACUUAGGAAAAAGAAUUUGGACAUGAUAGUCUCAUUAUGAACAAGGAGCUCAGUGUAGUCAGACCUGCGUUGAGAUGACUAAAAAUGAGUUUGGCUGGGAAACAGCAUGAGACUGAAGAACUAACUCAACAACUGGAAGGAAUGAGGGCCACCUGGGGGACAGAAGUGCUGCAGAGGGUGUGCUCACCUCCUGUGGCUUUGCUAUAUGAAUUUGAAGCUGCCAGAAAACAACAAUACAGCAUCAUUACUCAGUUAACUGCUCAUUUGCAGCAAUCAAGAAAAGAGACAGAUGAAAUGAUUAACGAAAUGAUUACAGAAAGUAAGGAGAAAUUACAAAUUCAAUUACAGCAUGUCAGUGAGACAUUGCAGAGCAGCACCCACAGUACCACUGCUGAGGAGCUGGUUCUCGUGAAGCAGCAGGUCCACGCUCUACAUCAGCAGCUGGAGAAGCAAAACCAUUUGUUGUUGGAUUAUCAGAAAAAGGAGGAGGAAUUAAAAACUGAAGUUACCCUUUUACAAGAGAAAAUUAAAGAACAAGAUAAGAAAUUAGAAAAUAACAACAUCCAAGAAUUAGAAAAACAAGCCAUCAUUGAAGAUUUACAGGAAACAAUAAAAGAAGAAGGAAAUAAAUCUGCUGCCCUGCAGAAUGAGUUAGAAACUGCUGAUAAAUUAGUAGGAGACUUAAAAGAACAGCUUAGAGAAAAGGAUCAAGAGACCCAAAGCUUAAAACUGGAGCUAGCCAAUUGUAAAGAGAAAGAGAAACACUACAUUUUAGAAAUUGAAGAGUUCAAGGGGAGAGUAGAAGAACUCCAGAAGAAAGAUUACAAAGAUAACCAUACAGACACUGGCAAAGAGCAGAGCACAGAGAGAGAAACAAGGAGGAAAGUAGAUCACCUCCAAGUGGAGCUAGAUGAAAUGUAUGGAAGAGAAAUAAUGCACAUGAAGGAACAAUUAAUAAGACAAAACAAAUCUAAGAUGGAGGAUCUUAAAUCCCGCCAUGAAGGUGAAAUGGAAACUAUCUUGGCAUCAUAUGCAUGUACUACACUAGGCAUGUGCAAUAUGUAUAGAGAGUAUAAAGAGCAACUAGACCUAUUGAAUGUGAUUAUAAAUGGACAGGACGUAAAAUUACAAGAUACUCUUUCUCAAAAGGAGAACCUCAGCAAGGAGCUCUGCCUAGUUAAGAGAGAAAAAGAUGUUCUUGAAUCACAGUUCAAUGAUCUUUUAGAAGAAUACAACGUUUUAAGAUACCAGACCAUUACAGAUCAUAACAAAAUAUCUCAACAGGAAAGUAAACUAAAUGAUACAUAUCAUUCCCUGCACAUAGUGAAAGCUGAGAUCGCUACUAUGUCUGAUUUCCUGAAAGAGGUUGAGUGUAAACAUGAGAAAGAAAUUACAAAGUAUAAAAUAAAACUUGAAAUGCUAGAAAAAGAAAAGAAUGAGAUAGUAAAGGAGAUGUCAGAGUCCCAAGAAGCCCAGAUGCAGCUUCUCCAACUCAGCCAUGAAGAAGAUCUUUAUAAACUGAAAGAAGAUCUAGAAGCUGAACAUCAAAUAAAUGUUGAAAAACUUAAAGAGAAUUUGGCCCUUCACCACAAGCAUCAGAUAGAGGAGUUAGAAAAUGAAAUGUGUAAGAAGAUUGAAAUUUUACAGUGCGAAAAAGACAACUUUUUAAGUGAAGACAAAGAGCCUAUACAGGUGCUCAUUGGACGACUUCAAAAGGCAUUGUCUGAGGAGUGCUGCUCUGUUUCAAAGAGUAUGCAAGCUUUUCUUGAUGAAACCUAUUGUCCUUUAAACUGUGAAAUGAAUAUAGAAGAGAAAGAGAAUUCUUUUGUAUACCAUGCAAUUUCAAGGGUGAACUUGCAAGAUUAUAGAUACCAAGUUGAAGAGUUUCAAGAUGCCAUUCAAAACCUUCUGAGUAAAGUCACAGAUGAACACAACAAGUUUGUGAUACUGCAGAUGCAGUUAAGCAAGGUCUGUGAGGUAGAAAAUAUGGUAUUUGCAUUUAUUUUAUUAUCUGCUCUUCUGUUAGUCAAGAAAUUCUAAAAUAAGUGAACAUAGAAAAGGCUAGUAGAAAUAUAAUAAACAUUUAUAUGUUUCUCUUGGAACAUUUAUAUCUGUCAGCUGAAGAAAUUUGGAGAAGUUGAGUAAUCUGUAUCUCUCUGAGUCAUGAUGAAGUGUACAUGAAUGUCAAAUAUUAAGCAAAUGAGACAAUUGUAUUUAAUUGUAUAGAUACCUUGACUCUGGAAGAGCAACCUGUGUUCUUAACCUCUGAGCCAUCGCUGAAGGCCCCACAAAGGCACUCUAUCAGUGAACAAUACCCUCAGCCUGUUACAUGUCGCAUUUCUUAAGGCAAUGGGCCCGUCUUUAAAUUUUUUUU